CCGAGCUGGCUGAUUGGCUGGCAUUUUGGGGAGAUGCCUGGUCUUCUCUCCAGCCAGUGGCUUCUGCCUCCUCCGCCCUUCCCCACGCUGCGAAAGCGUCGGGCUCAGCCCCAUCCAUCGCCUGGGCGGGUGAGCUGUCAGGGCAGCGGGAUCUGGAGACGGUCGCCGUGACAGCCUGCUCGGGUACCCGCGUCUCUGAGCAGCAGUGCGGAAAAGCCUGUCUCUGAGCAUCCCUGACCGCGGCCAUGAGCAGCAGCCCCGCCAGUGGCGUCUCCUUAGAGGGGAUCUCGCUGGAUUCCUCGGAGGAGUCUGAGCUCCGCAGGGAAGCCAUGCAGCAGGUCCUGGACAACCUGAGUGACCUGCCCAACUCCACUGGGGCAGCUGACCUGGAUCUCAUCUUCCUCCGAGGCAUCAUGGAGAGUCCAAUAGUAAGAUCCUUGGCUAAGGCUCACGAGCGCCUGGAGGAGACCAAGCUGGAGGCCGUGAGGGACAAUAACGUGGAGCUAGUGCAGGAGAUCCUGCAGGACAUCGCCCACGUCUCUGGGAGCAACAGCGCGGCCGCCGAGCUGGCACGCAUCCUGCAGGAGCCCCACUUCCAAUCUCUCCUGGAAACCCACGACUCGGUGGCCUCCAAGAGCUACGAGACGCCCCCACCCAGCCCCCUCCUGGACCCCAUGUUCAACAACCAGCCGGUGCCGCCGGAUGCCGUGCGCAUGGUGGGGAUCCGCAAGACGGCCGCAGAGCACCUGGGCGUGACCUUCCGGGUGGAGCGGGGCGAGCUGGUGGUCGCCCGAAUCCUGCACGGUGGCAUGAUUGACCAGCAGGGCCUGCUGCACGUGGGCGACGUCAUCAAGGAGGUGAAUGGCAAGGAAGUGGGCAAUGACCCCAAGGUGCUGCAGGAGAUGCUGAAGAACGCCACCGGCAGCGUGGUCCUCAAGAUCCUACCCAGUUAUCAGGAGCCUCCCCCGCCCCGGCAGGUGUUCGUGAAGUCCCACUUUGACUACGACCCGGCCAGCGAUAACCUCAUCCCCUGCAAGGAGGCAGGGUUAAAAUUCACGGCCGGGGACCUGCUGCAGAUCGUCAACCAGGAUGACCCCAACUGGUGGCAGGCCUGCCACGUGGAGGGCGGCAGCGCCGGCCUCAUCCCGAGCCAGCUGCUGGAGGAGAAGCGGAAGGCGUUUGUGAAGCGUGACCUCGAAGUCCCCCCCACAUCUGGUGCCCUGUGCGGCAGCCUCAGUGGGAAGAGGAAGAAGAGGAUGAUGUACCUGACCACGAAAAAUGCAGAGUUUGACCGGCACGAGCUGCUGAUCUAUGAGGAGGUGGCCCGCAUGCCUCCGUUCCGCAGGAAAACCCUGGUGCUGAUCGGGGCCCAGGGCGUCGGGCGGCGCAGCCUCAAGAACAAACUCAUCAUGUCGGACCAGGCGCGCUACGGGACCACCAUCCCGUACACUUCGCGGAAGCCCAAGGACCAUGAGAGGAACGGCCAGGUCUACUGCUUCGUGUCGCGGGGGGAGAUGGAAGCGGACAUCAAGGCUGGCCGCUAUCUGGAGCACGGGGAGUAUGAGGGGAACCUCUACGGCACCAAGAUCGACUCUAUCCACGAGGUGGUGGAGUCCGGCAGGAUGUGCAUCCUGGAUGUGAACCCGCAGGCGGUAAAGGUGCUGAGAACGGCCGAAUUCGUCCCCUACGUGGUCUUCAUCGAAGCCCCGGACUACGAGACGCUCCGAGCCAUGAACAAGGCAGCGCUGGAGAGCGGCGUGGCCACAAAGCAGCUCACGGAGGUGGAUCUGAAGCGGACGGUGGAUGAGAGCUGCCGCAUCCAGCGUGGCUACGGCCACUACUUCGACCUCAGCCUGGUCAACGACAACCUGGAGUGGACAUUCCAGCAGCUGCAGGAGGCCCUGGAGAGGCUGCGGGUAGAGCCCCAGUGGGUCCCGGUCAGCUGGGUUUACUAGGAUGACGGGGGAUGGCAUGCUGGGAGCGAACGCUUCCCCACCCUGCCCCCAUGCAGAGGGCACUGCCAACCCACCUCCCCUUGGCCUUCCCUCUUGCACAAACCACGACGUCUCAAAGCCAAGGAACCCAGAUCCCCUGCCUGCGUCCCAGGCCUGUCUUUGGGGGAGCUGCGGCCCGAGACAGGUCUUGUCCCUCCAAGGGCAGGCGCUAGCUGCAGCUGCCAGUAGGGGGCAGCGAGGCAGGAGACUGGGUGCUUGUUGAAUAUCCCCUCCCCCAGAGUUUUAACCAACUUUGCCAGAGUUAGAGAGUUUCUUGUGGGCAUUCCCGAGGGGCACCCCUAGUGAAGGAUGCUUCUUUGCCCUGGACACAUGGCUGGGGGGCAGUGACCCCCCAUUUCCUCCCAGGAAGGGUUAGGGUGGCCAUGGGGAGGGUUGAGAGAGCAGCCUAAGGCAGAGCAGUGCCCAGGAUACCAAGCACAGCCACUUUAGUGCCCAGAGUGGGCACCGGGUCCCCCUUCAAGCCAGCCCCAGGGCUGUGCCUGGGGCCAGAUCCUGGCAGCCAGCAGAGGGAGGUAGGCAUGAGGAGGGCAGCGGGAAGCAUGCAGGAGGUGCACAGAUCUGGGGAUGCCAGCUGGCACCUCCCUCCAUCCCUGCGCGUUUCUCCCUUCCUCACCCAGCCGCCCGCUCCAUGCCCUGGCUGCAUCCACCUUCCUGGUCCAGCCUGAGCUGAGAAGUGCCUGCCACCACCUCCAGCUGCCCCCUGCAAGACCCCUUUGCAGCCUGGAGGCAGCUCAGGGCGUCUCUCUGCACUGGCCUAGGCCAGAGGAAAUCUCAAUAUGGACCAACCAGCUCAGGAAAGAGGCGUUCCUGGCCAUCUUUCUUCAUCGUUCCCCACUGGGCCAGCGGGGUGGGGAUGAGGAUGCAGUGGGGAGGGUGUGUGGGGGGGGUUCGGAGCCCAUCGCCUCCCUGGGCUAGAGCGUCAGAUUCUCUCUUAACCCAUCUCGGGAGUUCGGGGCAGGAGUCCUGUCCACCAGGGAAAUGAGGUUGGUGGGCUCAGUGGGCUUCUUGGAUAAACCUUAGAGACUAACUCACUAAUUCCCCGCCGUGAAUCCGCAGCUACUCCCCAGCAAAGACUGACUUGUUACUUCGGGGCUGGCUGGCCGGGGUGGGGAGAAUUUCUGAGGAAAAGACUGACCAGUUUGGUGCCGCGGGAGAUCAGUCCCAUUCCAGGACAGCCAGAGCACGGUACAAAAAUCAGCAGGGCUCCGAUGCCCUAUCUGAAAGAGGUGAAGCCACCACAUGCCCUGCCUCACCUGCUCCCGCAGAAAACUCGUGAUGGAUUCGUCCGAAGUGGGACCCAGAGCCCCGGGGCAGAAGCGCAGAAGGAAUCUUCUGGGGAGAUCUGCACCAAGCAACUGCACAGCUAAAUCACUGCCAACAAUUCAGCUCACUUUACAGACCAAGCCCCCGGCUCCGAGCCGGAUGGACUAUCCCCCCUCCCAAUCUGAAAGUUUGCAAAUGUCCCAGCAACGGUCCGAAAUGCCGCCCUGUCUCUCCCCCCUGCCCCCAGCUUAGAGGAUGUGAUUGUGGGGUUAUUGAAGGGGAAUUGCAGCAUCUCUGAAAAUCAAUAGCUUUAAGGUCCAAAUGGUUGAAGGAGGAACCCUUGAGGAGCGUCUUCUUGUUACAUCCCUGAUGUAGGACACAGGAUGUCUUUGUUUGAUUCCUGGCUCUGCUCCAGCCUCCUGGGCAAGUCACUUAAUUCCUCAGUGCCUAAGUUUCCCCACCUGUCCAAUGAGCUAAAGUUAAUACUCCCCCAUGCGAGCGGGCUGAGAAUACAGCUGUUAAUGUAGGUGAGGUCCUCAGAUACUUUGGGGAUGUGGUGGAACCUAGAGAGGUAAGUAACAUAAAUACUUUUCAGAUUCUGGACCAUAGACCCCCAGCUGUAGGUUUUAGGAUUUAUAAAGUGACAGCAAAAUACUUACGGCAUUAAAUAAAGACCAUAAUGACUGGAUAGGCGGAGCCAGCCGGGGGCAUCACAGGCUAGCGGGUAAGGGGAGUAAUUGCCACCCCAUGACCUUGGUUUGCCCACCCCAACUUUUCAUAGGUCCAUAGGCUCCACUUUUUGCCCCUUGCCCCAGCUUUGCAGGAGAGAAAUGAUCACAUCUGAGGUUCUAUAUGCUAGCGCAGCUUUGCCCUGCUCCUGGGAUUUUUCUGAAAUGGUGCCACCGAGACAGACAGCAAAAUGCAGGGAGAGGGGAGGCGAUAAUCCUGAAAACGGGGGGCCAGCCGGCUCUGUGGUUUAGGAUCGGGUUUGUUGCUCAAACAGCCUUAGAAAAAAGAUCAGUAAAACCAGGAGGAGGGCAGGGGUUGUGUGUGGACAGUGCACAGCCUUGUCUGCCUGCGUGGGUGUGAGAGCCGAGGCGGGAAGGGCUGAUCUGAUCACCAGGCGGGUUUGUUAGUAACCCGGCGAGGGGUGGGAGGUUAUUUAUUUAUUUUCUUGGUAAUGACUUUGGUCUUGCAUAUUUCUUUAGCCGAAUCCCCACACAGACUUAACUGACCUCAUCAAAUGUUAAAGCUAGCUGGUCCCGCCCUCCUUUGACUUACCUGCCACAGGCGAUUUUAGCCCCUGGCCUCAGUUUCCCCUUGCGAUAAAUGGUGACGAUGUUGCCCUCCUUGGUCAAGCGCUUUGAGAUUGACCGGUGCAAAGCGCCAGCUAACAGCUGGCUAGUACAUCUCCGCAGUCCCUGGGAAUCUCACAACAUUGUUAUUAUUUCUGAAGCCGUUAGAGGCCUCGAGUGAGAUCAGGGCCCCAUUGUGCAAGUUGCUGUAUAUACACAGAGAGUUCCUGCCCUGAAGGGCUUCCGCUCUCAAUACACAAGUGGCAGGAGGGGAAACUGAGGCACAAGGGGGCGAGGAAGUGACUCAGGGACUGCUGGGGGUAGAAUCUCUGGAUCCCUGGUCCAGUGGGCCAUGCUGUCUCCUCUUGGCUUCAGUGGCGGCUGGGCCUUCUGACUCCCAUCCCCGCGGCCCCUGCCCACAAGUCCUUCCUUCUGCUCUGGAGUGCAGGUUUCUGGGUCUCCACAACUACCUCAUGCCUCAGCUGCAGCAGGGCAAAGGGAGCCCUGGCCUAGUCUCGGGCACCUAAACGAAGAAGGGGCUGUUUGCGGUUGUUCCCAAAUGGCUUUAUUUGCUGAGUGUUUUAUCUUAAGGCAAAACUCCGUCUCCUGUUUCUAACCGGCCUGGCUGCAGUGUGCCCCUGGCAACCCAGACCAGGGGAGUCCAUGCACAGGCCCCAGGGCUGCCCGUGAAGCUGGGAUGCCUCCAGUUUUGGGUGCCCGACUUGGGAUGACUGGAGCCUGGUUUUCACGGGUGUGGUGCAUUCACUGACCUCCCCUCCCCCUGAUCUGUCCGUGGCCCCCAUUACUCUGAUUCCCCAGACUUAGUGUAUUGAUUGCAAAUCAGGCAUCCCAAAUGUGGGGCCCCUCGUAAAAAUUUGGGCCUUAAGUUCUUGUUUCUCAAAUGGCUGGAGUUCCCCUUUAAAAGCAGCUGUGACUAGGGUCUCCCGGCUGGGCAUCAUGGUGUGGGGGAGCCGAGGGAGCCAGGGAGAGAGACCUAUUGGGAAGGGGUGAUUACCCCCCCCCCAAUUCCAAUGCAGACCCCCUUUGGGAGGGUGCUCUCCAAACUGUCCCUACUCCAGCUCAAUGGACCGCGCUUCCUUGCUAUUAAAAUGCCCCCCUGAGCGGUACCCCCCCUUUCUGUUCCCACCUCCAUUGGGGGAGUGAUCCCCAGGUCUCUUGCCAAGAACCCGGUCCACAGGGUUCAUUUCCGUUGUAAGAUAGUAGCGAUAACACGAAGGAGAGGAUUUAUGUCCCGUGUUUAAAAAAUCGCCAUCUAUGUAAAGAAAAGAAAACACCAGGCUCUGAAAUCGGAGCGUUUUGGGGUUAUUUUUGGUUGGUUUUUAAUGUUUUGCUUGAAGGCUUUACAGCCUGAUUGUUAGAUUAUCCAAAGGACUCAACACCCAGCAGAAACCUGGCAAUUCGGUUGAUUUGGUCCAGAAAGUUCUGGUUUGUUUGGGGUGAAUCAGUGGGACUUUUUGCCCCAGGGACUGUUUUGCAUCUAUAGGUGACUUGGGGGUUAUAUGAGAGAAUGGGGCUGUGGGGGAUAAGUUUCUUUCCCUGUGUGUGUGUGUCUGUCCCUGUGAGUUUGUGUCUCUGUCUCUGUCCCCACAGGGGUGUGGUUGUGUAUGUUCAUUUGUGUCUGUCAAACAAUUGCCAAUUCUCACCAUUUAAUCACUUUUCACACAGUUUGUUUACUAAUCAAAUCCCCAGCUCCUGGAGUCAGAUGAUUCUACGAGACUCUUAGCUUUUUUUCAAGUAAGUGUCUAUCCCUCAUGUUUCUGGGGAAACACAACCCUGAAAGGCCCCGACACCUUUUGGCAACUAAAAAUGAUUGUUGUUAAAAUCUCACGAAUUUAAAGCCAAUCUCCUGAUUUUUGGGGGGAGGGGCUGGACUGAUGAUUUUUGAAUAGUUGAGGUUGGCGACACUGAGACCCUUUCCUCCCCCUCCGUGUGUGCGCAUGCAUGAGUACAUGUGCAGGCAAAUGGGCACUAAUGCAUGUGAAUGUCACUUCUGAUGAUGACUCCCUCCGUGUUAAUUUUACAUUUGCUCUGCCAGGGAUGGCAAAUAACAGUUUUUACCCUAACCCCUUUUCUGUCCCAAGCUCUGUUUCCUAUUGAAGGGUGGGAGUAACUGGAUUUUAAGAUGAUGUAUAAUAUGGAUGUGCCACUAAAAUCCACUGUAGUGAAUGAUCCUGCGCUGCCCCCACCCACAAGAGAAAUGGAUGUGUUCGAUCUCCAAUUUGCUAGUCUGCUCCCGGCUCUGAGCAUCUCCAUUAGACUCCUUGAAACACAUGCGCGUUCAUAAUGAUUCAAUGUAAAUACUAAGCAGUGGCAAGGUGGGAAGAUUUUUUCCCUCUUCUCUUUGUUUUUGGUGAGUGGUGGUAAUUACCCUUCGCCUCCCUGGAAUUGUCCAUUUCUUAGACUCGUGUUUGUUAGAGAGCUCAGCGGCGUGAUGUCCGUGUCGGGUCGGCGUUGCUGUUCGUGCGUGUGUGUUAGGAGCCAGUGAAUUUGGAUGGUUCGUGCCGUGUUUACACCACGUCGUGUUUUAGGGUGGAAUCUCUGAACCUGUGGGGGUCCCUGCCUUCCCUCCCUGCGGCCUGGUCCCCUCUGUGACCCUGACCCAAGGGGUGUGUGACGAUUCUGGACCUGCGCUUGGCCAGGCAGCCUCCUUUUGCAGCAGGACCCACAAACUCUCCCACCCAGCAGGUCAAAGGGCCCGAUCCUGGGAGCUGCGGGUGGGAGGCGCUUGCCUCUCCAUGGGGUUGAGGGGGGCUGGCGAGAGGGGCUUAGCCUCUGGCAGCUUUGGGCCCUGGCACAGGGAGGGGUCAUUGGUCUGAAAUGUCCCUUCUGGUGGGGUUGCCAUGCCAGGGUGGCUGGUUUGGUAUGGGAGGGGGGCGACCCGUCCAUGAGGCAUAUGACAUCGGGCCUGAUUGCUGCCCCGAAGGACCAUUUUCAGGGCUAUGGGGUGAGGGCAGGAGGGGAAGUUACACAGAUGCCCCUCCGCCCCAAUGCCUCCAGCCCAGGCCGGCCGAGGGCCCUGUCUUGGGUAUGGAUGCCUUCGUGGAAAUAUGUUUCUCUCUGGGGCGGGCAUGGCCCCAUGGAGCUUUCUGCCAGGCUGCGCCUCGUGGAAAGGCCGGGCACCACUUGUUCCCUGUAGCCGUGGGCUGUGAUGGGCUUUCCCAGCAAUGGCGUUUUACACCAGGGGAGGAGCUGGCCCCUAAUUUAAAACGUUAUGUCCCCACGGCCUCUCCUGUCUGUCUGCCCCUUCUUGUCCGAUUGAAUGAAUGACAACGACUUUUGUACUGACUUUUCUAUUCCUAGUUACUUUCUGAGCUGUGUUGCUAGAUGCUCAGAGCCCGGAAGCUGCACAUUUCUUUUACGGUCAUGUGAGCUGAUCCAAUAUACCUGUCAGUGAA